GAGUCAUAGUAUUUGGUAGGUUUGGCACUUCGGCGCCAGAAAAAUGGCUGUGAAGCUCUUUGAGGGGAAAGAUCAUGCAGCGGCGUACCUGCAGUACAGAGUAGCACCCCAUGAACUAAUCAGCAGGAUUAUGAGCUUCAUGGAGACGAGGACCAACCACUUCAAACUUGCAGUAGAUGUAGGCUGUGGUUCUGGUCAGGGGACGAUCCCAUUGGCUCCACAUUUCGCCAAGGUUGUUGGAACAGACAUCAGUAAGGCCCAGCUGGAGAUGGCGCAGGUCAAUAGCAACCCUCCAAAUGUAUCGUACAGGCAUUGUCCAGCAGAAGAGCUGCCGUUCGCCUCCGGUGAGGUCGACCUUGUGACGGCCAUGACGGCGGCCCACUGGUUCGACCGCCAAAAGUUCCUCCUGGAAGCUGACAGGGUCCUGAGGCCAGGAGGCUGCCUGGCUCUCCUGAGCUACACCAUGGACCUGGAGUUGGAGUUUGGGGACGUCUCGGACACGCUCAAUGACAUUUGUAAAGAGUUUUAUGCUGCCCUGCUUCCAUUUCGAGAUCCCUACAUAGGAUCGAGCUCUAGGCAGAUCUAUUUAAACAUGCUUGAGUCCUGCUCUUACCAAGACAAAGAAUGGAAUGAGUGUUUCAGGGUAAAAAAUACCUUGCCACUGAGCAGUUACAUCGGCAUGGUUCAGACCUUCUCCUCCUUCGAGAAACUGCGCAAAAAGGACCCCGCCGAGGCCGAGCGUCUUUCUGACGACAUCAGGAACAAGUUGCUCUCUGCUAUGAAGGCGUCUUCUCCGGAAACCGAAGUUACAGUUGUUGUGAAGUAUUUCUAUUGGUUGGCUAGCAAACCUUAGACCAACGUUUUUACUGUAUCUUGUGGCCAUUAGCAACCAACCAAAAGGCUUAUUGUGAUCCUUUGUUAGCAACUGUAAAAUUGCAAAUAUGCCUUAUAUUGUGAUGAUAUAGCAAGUAGAGAAAUGCACUUAAAAGCUCUUAACCCACUCCUAAGAAUUACAAGAUACCCUCCCAGUCUUUGUUGGAUGGAUGUUUCAAGAUGGUUAAUAAAAAGCUGCACAAAAAUAUAGAACUGGAUGGAACAACCAUGUUUUAAGAGUUUUUAAAUGUAUUGUAUCAUUUUAUGGACUUCUUAUUUUGGAUUAAUAAACUUCUAUUACUAUAUCAUGGCAUUUCUGGGUCCCAGUUUGGAAACCAAAGCUGUAGGUUGUAUUAACAAAAACCUAUGCAGCCCAGUGUGUUUUGCUAUUAUUCUGACAUUGAAAUUGCAUUAAAAUACAAAGUUGCAUCCUUUUAAAAGAAACAUGUUGUAUAAAUCUUUUUGAAUACAGAUAUAGGACAUAAAGUUGCAUGUUUAAUGAUGUCCGGGAGUUUGAAUUUGUAUGUGAAUACAAAGCUUUUCAGGUUGAACACUA